GGUGCGGGGGCCGGGGAGCGCGCGCCGGUUGGCUGCACGCCCACGGGGUUCCUGCCGAGUGUAGAGAGGAGAGAGAGUGAACAGGGAGCGGGGCUUUUGUCUGUUGGUUUCCCUGGACUGAAGGAAGGGGGAACAGGAGCCCGAGACUACUAAGAUUCUCAAAAUGGUUUACUACCCAGAACUUUUGGUCUGGGUCAGCCAAGAACCAUUUCCAUACAAGGAAAUGGAGGGAAGUCUUACUAAGGGAAGACUUCCUGUGCCAAAGGAAGUGAAGCGUAAGAAGAUGGAGGAAACCAGCGCUGCCUCUCUGACUCCACCAGGCAGCCAUGAGUUCUGCUCCCCGAAUAUCAGUUACCUCUACUUUUUUUAAUUGUAACACCUCCAUUUGUAUUGCAUAUGGUGUAUGGGGUUUUGAUGAGGUCUUGGUAUCAUAUAUGGGAUUUUUUUUUUUUCUGUGUAAAUCAUCAAAUAUAAGAAGAAACUAUGGGACUCUAAGCCUUGCUUUAGAGAAUUUACAGUGGACAAAUAGGUAUCAUCAAAACAGUUUCUAAUCAUUCAGACUCAAGUGAAAAUACUCAGAAUUUCACACUGUGAAUCCACGUUUACAACCCCCCACAGGUGGGCCCUCAGGCCUGGUUCGCUACAACAAUGUCUUCCACAACUCAGACUCCCUCUGCUCUCACAUGAUUGGUCCACUCCCACCUUUUCAUCACGUGGCUCCCGACUGCUUCUUGCAGAGGCUGAGAGUCCCCCCACUUUUUUUUUCUCACUUAGAUGUAACAAGCCUAGUAGUUUAUGUUCAUCAAUUGUCUGUAUAUCUCUAUAUUUUAUCCAUGUACUCUUUUGAUGUAUAGAAGUAGUUUGAAACUCAUUGUUUCCUUGUGGUAAGUGACCGAGAUGCUGCCACAGGACCUGAGACACUGAUGAAUGGUGCUAUUUUGGACUUUCAACAUGCUCCUUGGCGAGGUAGCUCUGAUGGAGUUAUUUUUUAUUUCCAUGUUCUGAGAAGGUGUUGUUGGUACUCUGUUUCCCCGAAUGUUGUUCUCUAGACUGGAUCGUCUUGUUUUCCUUGUGUCUUCAGUGUGGCUUUCUUCUUCAGUGUUGUAGGUUGAGCGGAUGCUACCAGGAGGGUGAGGGGCUGUCCCCUCAUGGCUGGCUCUGGUGGAUGUGCAGUCACUUUAGCGGGAGCAAUCACAAAACUGUAAUGUACCUACCAGAACUCUUCCGUUCUGCAGCCUCACCUGCCUGACUUAGAAAAAAGAAAAGCAAUAAUUCCCCAGGCAUCUCGAGGUAUCUCUUUGGAUUCUUUUUGUUUGACUGGUAUUCAGGGGGUAAAGGUCCACUCUUUUUCAAUAAGUGCCAUGUGGGAAAAACAAAUCCAAGUACUGACAUCCGAGUAGGAAUUUGAAAAUUAUACCUGUCCCAAAGUUGAAAUUGGAAAAAAAUGUCUUUACAAAAUAAUAAUGAUGAUGAUGAUGAUGACGUUGAUAAAAGGCAAAACACCUUUUUGGGGGGCAGUUUUGAUAAGCAAGGUGUAGAGUUUACAUUUUUGUCCUUGCUCCCAGUGAAAUGGAUAAACAAAAAUAAAAUCCGAUAAUGCCAUCUCUUCAC